UUACUCUCAUGUUUCUGUUCUGCAGAAAGCAACAACUGCUGCAGGCUCUCAUCUACAAAACGAGGAAUUUAUCAACACUAGUUGGGACCAUGGCUGAAAACAGCAGCGCGUGUGCAAAAGGCUUCGUUGACAGCAGCAUCCACGUGGACGUCAAGGAUUAUUACGGCAAAAAGCUGCAGAAAACCGGCGACUUGAAGACCAACGCCUGUGUGGCUCCGGCCCAGCCCGUCCCAGCCUUCAUCCGCCAGGCGCUGAAGAAAGUUCACCAUGACGUCACCGACAGGUACUAUGGCUGUGGUCUGGUGGUGCCAGAGUCCCUGGAGGGCUGCAGGAUCCUGGACCUGGGGAGUGGGAGCGGGAGGGACUGCUACAUGCUGAGUGAGCUGGUGGGAGAGAAGGGCCACGUCACAGGGAUCGACAUGACCGAGGACCAGCUUGACAUUGCCAGGAAGUACGUGGACUACCACAUGAAGGAGUUCGGCUACAAGAAGCCCAAUGUCAGUUUUGUCCAGGGCUACAUCGAGGCCCUGACACAAGCCGGUCUGGAAAAGAACUCAUUUGAUAUCAUCAUCUCCAACUGCGUGGUGAAUCUCUCUCCAGACAAGAAGCGAGUCCUGGCUGAAGCCCACAGCGUGCUCAAGGACGGCGGUGAGCUCUACUUCAGUGACGUCUACAGCAGUGGAAGACUAACCGAGGAAAUUAAAAAUCAUAAAGUCCUGUGGGGUGAGUGUAUUGGCGGAGCGCUGUGGUGGAAGGAUCUCCUGCAGCUGGCUGAAGAAGUGGGCUUCAGCCCUCCACGGCUGGUUACCGCCAACAUCAUCACUGUGGACAACAAGGAGCUGCAGGACGUUCUGGGUGACUUCAAGUUUGCCUCUGCCACUUACCGCCUGUUUAAGGUCCCUAAAGGCAACACCAAGUCCUGUCAGGUCAUAUAUAACGGCGGCAUCACAGGAGUAGAGGAACGAUUCCAGUUUGACUCCCAGUACACAUUCAAGGUGGAUGAAGUGGUGGAGGUUGAUGGAGAGGUGGCCUCCAUCCUGACCCAUUCCAGGUUUAAGGAGGACUUCACCUGCCAGCCAGCAGGAGGCGCCAGCGAGUCCUGUGGAGUCAAACCUAAGGAAGGAGUUGUGGAUCCUUUUGAGCUGGCUGCUCAGCUGCAGAAACACAGUGCAGCUCCGGCCACUGGGGGGUGCUGCAGCACAAAGUCUGCUUCCUGCUGCAAGUGAUGGUUGGAAGAGCUGCAGGACCAGCAUCAUACUGUGUAUGCAUAGUACAGUAGUUUAAAUGUACUGACUUAAUCAAGCCUUAUGCAUCAUUAUUAUGUGUCUUAUUAACAUUCAAAAUGAGAUUUCAGUAACUGAGAUGAAUUACUUACACAUAAAUAUGUGAUUUAUAUGUGUUCUUUGCAUAUUUCCCUGUAUAUCAACUCAGUUUGAUUCAUUUAAUUUAUUUGAAUAAUUAUGUUGCAUUGAUACAUUUUGUCUUUGUAUCAAGGCAAUAUCCAAAUACCCACAAUUAUACAAUUUGUACAUGAUCAGGAACAGUAUUAGUACCUUCUUAUGAGGAUUUUAACCCCAUUUGUCUACAAUCGCAGACAUUUAAAUUUCUUACAUUCAUCAGGAUGUUUACACUUUAAAAAAUGAACCUACUUCUGUAGUAAAACCUCUAAUUUAACUGAUUUGAUUGCAUAUGGAAAGUUUUUGCAUUAUUGUAUGCUUCGCAAAAGGGUUUAAACUGAUUUUUAGCAUUAUUUUGUUAAUUAUUUUAUGUGAUUUCUGUCACAGGAUAAUAAAUCUUGUC